CAGUUUAGCAGCAACUCUUGCCGUAGUACCAUUUAUAGAGCGUUGGUAUUUAUUAGUGUUUAGAUUUGAAAUGCUUUUUUGGCAACAAUGUACGAAGGAAAGCUUCGUUGUAGCUUAAUCAUGGUAUUAACGCUUGCCACUUUAAGUACUACAGACGAAACGACUCAACGUUUUUUGGAAAACGCUGUUAGAAACUUGAAACAUCUCAGACAACUUCAAACUGGUGAAAAUACAGAAAAUCCUACUGUAAGACGUAAUUAUCAAUAUGCAGAAAGUGUACCGCCUCUUUCCCUUACAAAAGGUGAACUAACCGACCUUUACCAGCAAGCAGUAGCAAAAGGUGAAACUAUAAAACUGGACACGGGUGAGCAUGAAUAUGUAAACGCUGUUGUACACCAUUUGGACAAUGAGCCCUCUCCACAUGAGGAUUUGUCUCCUCAUGAAGCAGGUCCUAGUGAGGAUGCCGGUUACUACUACUAUUACUAUCCAAUUAAAAGUUUUUUGGACGAGAUCACUUCACAACCGUCUGAAGAACAUUCACACAAUGUGACGAUCCAAACAGCAGAUGGUCACAAAAAAGAAGUCAAACCCAUGGAACCAAUCCUCAUGGCGAUUUCUGGUUUUCUGGGCAUGGCCGCUAUGUUUGUCCUGUCUAUGAUGGUUUUGCCCAAGUUUGGCGGUAAACCUACUAAAGUAAUCAAUGACAUAAAGAAAAAAGAAAAACUGGACGAUUUCGCCCGAUUGGCUAUGAACGCUAUUGAAGGACAUUGUGCCGAAAGGUUUGCUUGUGAAUUGACCAAAACCGCUCGGUCGUUUGAUGUUGAAGAUAACAGAUUUUACAAGCUUUUAAAGCGUGUGGCUCCAGGCACUUUUGGAAGGUACAUGAAUAAUUCUGGAAAAUAUGCCGAUAAACAGCUACAAUGUACAGCGAUACCUUGCACCAAAAGAAAACCAAAUUAUAAUAAUAACAAAAAUCAUAAUAAUCAAAACAGAAAUCAUAAAAAUAACCAGAACAAUAGUAAUAACAAAAAGGGCCACAAUUACAAUACAAACCAAAAAAACAAUAAAAAUAAGAAAAAUCCUAAUAACAAUAAUGAAAAUAAGCAGUUUACUAGAUACCAAAGCCAUUCAGUUUAAGUCAUGAUAUUUAUUUAUUUAUUUAAUUUAUUUCUAGAUUGUUUUAUUUAUUAUUUGAUUCAAUUUCAAUGCAUUUGAGAAAGUUGAUUAUAGGAUUUAAAAAAUACAUAAUUUUAAUUGCUC